UGCCCGUCGGUAACGCAGGGCUGUGCAGAGAAGUGCUACUUCGGCCCACGGUGCCGCUUCCUUCAUGACGUCGGCGAGUACAUGGCCGUGAAGCCGGCCGACCUGGGACCCAGCUGCGUGCUCUUCAAAACCUUUGGCAAGUGCAUUUACGGCGUCACCUGUCGCUUUGCCCAGGCCCACCUUGGGGACGGCUACCGGAAUGUCGUCAACACGGACCUGGCCAAGCAGUGGGAAGGGAAGUCGCUGGUGAGGAACAACCUCUCCAAAGACCUCCAGCACCAGCUGCGCAAGAGGAAGUUUAUCUUCAAGAAGGCUGACGAGUACCUCCGUGGUCUGGCCAAGUCCCACCGCAAUGGCGGGAAGGGAGGCAAAGCCAUGGGGCACUCUACGGAGGAGCAAGAGGUGUCUAACUGUGGCGAGGAGGCUUCCUCCAUCAAAACAGUGGGCCCGGUGACAGAUGAAGAUAUUAUAAAGCUGCGAUCAUGUGAGAAGAGGAAGUUGGAAAUCCAAGGCAAGCUCUACUUGGCUCCACUGACCACGUGCGGUAACCUCCCUUUCCGAAGGAUAUGCAAGCGCUUCGGGGCAGACGUCACCUGUGGAGAGAUGGCUGUGUGCACAAACCUGCUUCAGGGCCAGUCCUCCGAGUGGGCUCUCCUCAAACGGCAUCAUACCGAAGAUAUUUUUGGGGUGCAGCUGGAGGGAGCGUUUCCGGACACGAUGACCAAAUGUGCAGAGCUCCUGAACCAGACAAUUGAAGUGGACUUUGUAGACAUCAAUGUUGGGUGUCCCAUUGACCUGGUCUACAAGAAGGGAGGAGGCUGUGCUCUGAUGACUCGGUCCAACAAGUUUGAACAGAUUGUCCGGGGGAUGAACUCGGUGCUGGACGUCCCACUGACUGUGAAGAUACGGACGGGGGUGCAAGAAAAGAUUAACGUGGCUCAUAAAAUAAUCCCCAAGAUCCGGGAGUGGGGAGCAUCCAUGGUCACGCUUCACGGCCGAUCCAGGGAACAGCGGUACACAAGGGGUGCUGACUGGGACUACAUAGCAGAAUGUGCUAAAAUAGCAAGCCCCAUGCCUCUUUUUGGAAACGGUGAUAUUUUGUCUUAUGAAGAUGCUAAUCGAGCCAUGCAGAUGGGCGUUUCAGGAAUUAUGAUUGCAAGAGGGGCACUCAUCAAACCGUGGCUUUUCACUGAAAUUAAGGAACAGAGACACUGGGAUAUCUCCUCCAACGAGAGAUUGGAUAUCCUCAAAGACUUCACCAACUAUGGCCUUGAGCACUGGGGGUCAGAUACUCAGGGAGUGGAGAAGACCAGGAAGUUUCUGCUGGAAUGGCUCUCGUUCCUGUGCAGGUACAUUCCAGUUGGCUUAUUAGAAUACCUACCUCAGAAAAUUAACGAGCGGCCACCUUACUACAUGGGGAGAGACUAUCUGGAGACGCUGAUGGCGAGCCAAAAUGUGGACGAUUGGAUUAAAAUAAGUGAGCUGCUUCUGGGACCCGUACCUACCAGCUUCACCUUCCUGCCUAAACACAAGGCGAAUUCCUACAGAUAGGGCCGACGAGGCCC